AUUAAUAAAAUAUAUUAUCUUAGCUUGUAAGUUCUAUAAAGUUGAAAUUUUAUGCAAAAGAUUAAGUUAUAUUAAAUUAAAAUUUCAAUACUCAUAAUAUUUAUAUUUUAUUUAAAGGAUAAGUCUGUUGUUUUUUAAGAGAAAUUCAUUAGGUAAAAAUAUUAAAAGAAGGUGACACUUUUGGGGAAUUAGCUGCAACAUUUAAUAAGGCUUGCAAUAUUAGCUAUGUAGCAUAAACUAAUUGUUAAAUAUAUUUUAUUUAAAAGCAAGAUAUACCCUCUUUACUUAAAUAAUUAGAAAAAGAAAAUAAUUUAAAAUAAAAUAAUAAGGCUUUUUAUAAUUCUUCUAUAUUUAAUGAUUGGGAUUAAGGAUCUCUUAGUUUUUUAUAUUAUUUAAGUGAAGUUUAAAAUUAUGCAGUUAACCAAUAUGUUUAUUAAUAAAAGCAAUAAGUGGAUGGAAUCUAUUUAGUUUUAUAAGGAAGUUUUACUGUAAAUAGAAUACUUUUUUAAAAAUUUAUUUUUUUUAUAUAAAAAAAGUAAUCUUUUUAAUAAUAAUAAACAAAUCUAUAAAAUACAGACUAAGAAGUAGAAAAUUAUGAAGGUCUAAUUUUUUAAAAACAAUUAAAAUAAAUGAUAUCAAAAGUA